AUGGCUUCUGUUCCCGCCCGCAGGACCAUGGAGGUGGCCCUGCAGGAAAGGCCCCCGUCACGGCUCGGAGAGCCUUUGCGCCGCCGCCCCGACUUUCCUGGCCGAGUCUCGCCGCUGUUCCUGCUGCUGCUGCUGUUCGUCUUCCCGGAGCUGCUCAGCGCUCAAACUGUUCCAACAGUUGUGGAAAAUGAGUUAUCAGAUAAUCACACCAAACAUAAUGUUUCUACUACCAGUGUCCUAGCCCUUGUGCCCAGUACAGAAAAAAGUGAAGUGACCACACUUGUGGUCUCUCCAACACCUACUACCACGCCCCAAAUGGAAGCUGAUGCUACUGAAGAUAGUAGAAUAGAGGAAGAAGAACUUCUUACUUUUAACAGUUCUCCAUCUGUAUCCAAGGGUGUUUUGGACAAUGGAGAUUAUGGAGAACCAGACUAUGACUGGACUCCCAAUACCAGAGAUGAUACUGAUGAGCAAAUGCAAGGAAAUACAGGAUAUGCAGGAUUUGAACAGACUGUUAAUCUGAACAAUUUCCAUGAGACAAAAUCCUUUAAGUCUCCAUCAUCGAAUAUAGAAGAGGAAGACAGUCAUUUCUUUUUUCAUCUCAUUAUCUUUGCUCUUUUGAUUGCUAUUGUUUAUAUCACAUAUCACAACAAAAGAAAGAUCUUCCUAAUGGUUCAGAGCAGAAAAUGGCGUGAUGGUCUUUGCUCCAAAACUGUGGAAUAUCAUCGACUAGAUCAGAAUGUUAAUGAGGCAAUGCCUUCUCUGAAAAUUACUAAUGAUUAUAUUUUUUGAAAUUACUGUGAUCUGAGGUUACUUAUUUAGUGAUUUUCUUUGACUUUUUAUAUCAUAUUAUGCAGAUAUUUGCCAGAGAUGGUAUAUAAAUGAGAAAUUGACCUCUCUUAUUUUGUCAUGGUAGUUUGGAGUUAAGGGAUGUGUAUAAUUUUUUAUCUUUAUUAUUUUUUCAGCUGAAUUAAAAUCUGAUAUUAAAAAUGUAUAGCUAAAUAUUACUUACGUACCCAUUUUUUAAGAUUUAUUUAUCUUGUAUCUUUUGGAAGUGUCAAUAAGCUAGUUUUGAAGUCCCUCAAAAUAUGUAAAUUUUAAAUAGACUAAUAUCACAAGUGGUCUCUCUAGUAGCCAAAUACUUACCUUUUUUUAAGCUCACAUUUCUUUGUACUAUCAAACUAGUACAAAUGAAUAUAACAAAUAUAAUGCCUUGCAUUUAAAUAGAACUUUUUUUCAAGAAAAGUACUUCAGAUAUUUCUUAGGAGACUUCAGCAAUACUCUUAGACGUUGGGACUGCUCAUAUAGACAAAAUUUCAAGUUGUUGAUGCACCAAGUAUAUUGAAAUUUCUGGCAUGACAGACCUUAUUAUUGCAGUUUUUUCACUUACAUGUUAAGGAAAUGUCAUUUAUCCUUGUGUUAUUGAAUUAAACCUUGAAUUAGAAAUUUUGGGUCAAGUGUAAAGUGUAAAGUCAAGUGCUUAGAACUGGGCUUCUUCAGUGUUCCAAGUUUGGUAACUCAGUGGCAAUGAAGGGAUUGGAAAAAAAUUUGUAAUCAUUAGGUUGUUAUUUUAUAAGAUUGGGGUGGGAGGUAGUUAGGAUAAAUCUCUAGGUCUGUUGUAUUAGCCUGUAUCUACCCAGGUCUAUCAUAUUCGGAUUAUACCUGAAUUGAGUCAUGUAGAUUUUUAUGGGUAUACUGACUUUUUUUUUUUAAGUGUGUCAUCUUGUUUGUUCACAGAUACAGAAAAUGAUUUAGUGAUUUUCUUUUUGCACAUUUUUUAAUGAUGAUCAAAAUUGAUGAGUAUGUAAAGAAUAGUGAUUUGAACUGAAGAUGACUCACAAGAAUCAUUGUAUGAUUUUUUUUUUGAGGGAGGAUGUCCUCAGAUAUGUUUUAAAUUUGUUAAGCUUGGAAAUAAUCAGUAGGUGAGCUUUCCUAUCCAACUCAGAUGAAGCAAUUCAGCUUAUUUCCUUCAGAUGUACACUUUUACUCUCCUAAUUCUGAGAAAGUGAAGCACAAAUGUCAUAUCAGAACUAUUUUCUUGCAGUAAUUUUUAUCAUAUUUGAACUUGCAUCAUUUAAUGUUUUGAAUUUUAAAAAAUAAAUAGUAAGAAUAUAAAAUCUAUGAUGUCACAGUAACUUGUGUUAUGUGUAGCAUUUCAAUAUAAACUUCUUUUGCUCUUAGGAAGCAGUAACUUAGUUGCACAUAACAGAUAACUUUAUAGAACACUUUACCAUUAAUCAAACUUGGCCAAGUGUGCAAACAAGUAAGUAUUAGUCAUAGUAUCUCAGAUAAUCUGGAAAAGAACAGUUCAGUGACUUGGCUUCUUGCUGAAUUUGUUACAGAAUAUUUUACUCUGUCUCUUGCCUGCUAAAUGAGUUUGUUGCUUUUGAUUCAGACUGACUUAGUUCUUUGUGGGAUGUGGGGAAGUGUAUUAAGUUAGUGUAGGAAUUUCUGCUUCUUGCCUUCAUAAUUUCUUCAGCACUAAGCAAGGGACCAUUCCUGCUUGACUUCUCAGGUUCCUUUCAGGCCUUGAACAACAUACAUGAUAGCUGAGCCAAAUACAACUUAGUGGGAAUGUAAAAAAGUUUUCAGCAGGGUCUACAAGUCUUACUAGGUGAAGAGUACCAGAUAGUCAAUAAGCAUCCCUGAAGUGGGGUGAGAUGGAAAGAAAGGAAAAGCAGACUGACAUGAAGAGAAACACUGUAUAGCUACUUAGACUUUCUUAAAUUGAAUUGGUGCAUUCCUACCAGGCCAUGACAUGGAGUAAAACAUGUAUUAUAUAUUGUGGCAUGUAAGCCCGCCAGUCCAUUCCACAUGUCUAAAUUAAUGGCAAUUCUUAAAUUAGAAAUGAAUGCUCAAAUGUAUCUUGACUGUAUAAGUCAUUUUUCCUCCCCUUUCCAGUUCCUCCUCUGUCCUUAUUUGCAGGGCCAGACCAAGUGCCUGCUUGAGAAGGCUGACAAAGAAGACCUAAGGAAAAAACAGCUUUCCAGCAGAAAGUGAAGCAGAUAUCUGAGGAAGUGUUGAAAAUCAUUGGACAGUGGUGCUGAGAGGCAUGGUGUAUCAACAGUGCAAAUAAAAUUCUAGUUUUGUUAUAA